AUGACGUGCGAAAAGUGUAGACACAAAUUUGUCCCCUUGGUGGACUUUUACGCGCUGUUGGCAUUUUUUGUAACCGCAGUAGAAUCGGGAACAUACUAUUAUCCUCCACUUGACCGAAACAGUUAUAGUUACAGUGAUAUCUCCUCUCUGAGUGAAAAAGAUUACGACGACCUUGGAAACAGUUUAGAGGAUAGUUUGGGACCUUCGGCGUACUCUCGAUAUCAAAGCGACUCAGUAGGCAAUGAGUUGACGGAUAAAAGGCGAUAUUUUGACAGUUAUAAUUUGGAGAGUGAUUAUUAUAGCAAUGUUUACGACGAAGCUCCAGUGUUGCCGAAAGCGGCGGAACAGUGCAAGCCAGAAACCAGAAGUGGUGGUCAGGUGACUGUUAUAGACCCACAUCUAACCCAGGUAGGGAUAACGAUUGCAAAAUCGUUGAAGAUUUUGCUGAUCAUUAUCGCAGUGUUGGCCAUACCAGCAGCCAUUGUCCAUCUGAUUCUGAUUCCACUGAAACUGCUGAUUGGAAUGAAGACACUAGCCGUAGCCAAUGCGGCCGCUUUGGGUGCUUUUGCAACCAAGUAUUGGUACCAGCACAAACACGGAACCAGCGAUCAUGGUUACGGUGGAGAAUCUACUAUCAAUAAUAAUCUGCCAAUCACACAAUUAAUCUCUUCGAUUAUGAACAACAACAACAACAACAACCAACAACCAAAUCAGUGGAACAAUAACUGUAGCUGCUGUAAUUGUGGCAGUUGUAAUUGCCAGUUGUGGGGUUUCCCAUGGUGGUUGUAUUUUGGCAAUAAUACCAAUGUCCAGAACAAUAGUAACAACAAUAAUAAUGCUAAUUCAAACAAUAAUACGAAUGUCAAUACAAAUACCAAUACAAACAACAAUAAUAAUAAUCUUAGCAGCCAUAAUAAGGAUAAGAGUGUAAAAAGCCGUAAAAAAUUAGAAAGUGCAUCGAAAGAAGUGAUCCCCAACAAACGGAAAAUGCUGGAUGUAUAUUCGGCGCUGAAACCCGAUGAUUUUAAAAACAUGACAAAAAGUGAUAUCGAAACGGUGUUGACGUUUCUGAAGCGAAAGAAUAAAAAAGUUAAAGUUUUAUGA